UCUGUGGUGUCUAGUGAUUUAAAUGUUUCUUUAUUUUAAUUUACCCAUAUAUUAUUUCCGAGUGUGACUUAAGAAGAAUAAGAAAAUCGUUAAACUUUCUGGUCAAGUUAAUAUUCUCAGUACUAAAAUGAAAAAACCAAGACCAAUUACUUUACUUGAUGUGCAAACACUUUGUAGGCGAGGACUAUUAAUUACUGUACUACUGGUAUCUGUUACAUUGAUUGUUUUCUUUGUUAUUAUUGAAUUCAGUGAAUCUUUAGCAUUAAAAGAUAAUGCCGUGAAAUUUACCAACACAGUUAAAAACACCAAUUUUGACCAAUCUGAAAAGGUAGUUUCUUGCUACUAUAACACCCCGAAUAAUCAAAAUCUGACCCAGUUGCUGCCACUAGAUAUUAAUCCACUCCUAUGUACACAUAUAAAUAUCGCAUUUGCACAAGUGAGAAACAAAGUAAUUUUUAUGGAAGAAUAUCAAUAUGGAACUGUAUUAGAAUUAGUAAAGUUAAAAAAGCAAAACCCAAAUUUGAAGUUAUUGCUUUCGGUUGGUGGAUCAGGCAAUCGUGAUGGGUUUUCAGAUAUGGUGAUAGAUCAUGCAUCUAGAAAAAGCUUUAUAAAGUCUAUAAAAUAUGUUUUAAGAAACUAUUCUCUGGAUGGUGUAGAUUUGGACUGGGAAUUUCCAGGAGUUAGAGGAAAUACUGAAGUUGGUACUAACAUGCUUAACUACAAUAAAAGAGAAAGGCAGCAUUUUUCACAGUUGCUUAGAGAAAUCAGGAUGGAAUAUUAUAGAGAAAAAAGACAUUAUUUACUCACUGUGGCAGUAGCUGCUCAACAGAUUAUUGUUGAUGCUGCCUAUGACGUGGACCAAAUAAACAUGUAUGUGGACUAUGUCAACUUAAUGACAUAUGACUACCACUACUACACCAGCUUUACACCAUUCACUGGUCUCAACUCACCCUUAUACCCCAGACCAUCGGAACAACUUUAUAUGGGAACUCUCAAUAUUAACUAUACUGUUGCAAUGUAUUUGAAUAAAGGCCUAGAUGCAAGCAAAAUUGUUUUGGGAAUACCAACAUAUGGUCACACAUUUACCCUGGUAAAUGAAAAUAAUAGAAAUAUCGGAAGUCCAGCAUCGGGAUAUGGAGCUUUAGGUAAUCUGGGUUUCGUUAACUAUCCAGAGGUUUGUGAAUUUAUACAAAUACACAAUAUGUCUAUUAAUGUCGACAGUAAUGCUAAAGUGCCUUAUGUAUAUAAAAAUUCAGAAUGGGUGUCAUACGACAGCCCCGAGAGUGUGGUGGAGAAAGCCAAGUUCAUUAAAGACAACAAACUGAGAGGAGCCAUGAUAUACUCUUUAAAUGCAGACGACUAUGAAGGCAGAUGCAAGCACUUGCAAGGCAACAUAAGAUUUCCCUUAACAAUGUUUAUAAAGAACACACUAUGAUGAGCAGAAUAAUGUCCAAGUAACAUGAGAUAAUAAAGCAAAAUAUAGUUACCUUCAUUUUCCGCGCGACGUACGUGAUUUUAAACAUGGUACAGGAUUUCAUCGUCACAGCCUGGUCAGCGCGAUUAGGUCUGGCAAGACGGACAUCGCGGCGCGGGCGUCUGUCGCCUACGCUAAAGUUUUACGUCAGGGUUCAAGGUGUCUACAUUUUGUGCCCACUUGUUUAAACUCGAGCUUUAUUCCUUGCUCAACUACUGCAGAGAACACCAGCAAAUUCGUACUAAACUCGUCGAUGCAUCGAAUCGCGCAAACGGCGACGGACGUUUGCUUCAUACUGCGUGUUUCUCCAUUCCACACGCUCCGCAUUAAUUAACUAUCAUACUUUUACUAAUAAAAAGUAUCUGAAACGGUACAAGUUCAGUGGGGGUUUCCACUCGACCGAGUAUCCACCAACACCGCGGCCAGUACAAAUAACUGAACUCAUUUAAACAGUUUCAUCAUGUGUGUAAAUAACUUUAUUUAAUUACAUUCCUAACCAUGUUUCUGUUUGGAAGUUACUUGGUGCCAUAUUUCUCUAUUCAAAAACCAGGCGCAAAUGCGUGGGCUCCAAUGACAAUAAAAUUACGCAAAUAUGUUACCGAGAGCCACGGCUGUGAAUAUGUAAACAUUAUGUUACAAGUUGUUCGGGUGAACACCGUUAUCCUUAAAACCAUC